AUGCAGCCCGGCCGCCCGGCCCUGUGCUGCGUCCCGGCCGUGCCCGGCGCGCGCGGCCCCGCAGAGCCAGCCGCCCGCCUCAGCUUCUGCCGCAGCCUCCUGGAGCACACGGUGUCGGCCGAGAACCUCAGCUACCGGCGGCAGCGCGGCGCGGGCAGCAGCCUCACGUGGCACGACGGCCGGAGCCAGCGCGCCGAGGGCGCCCGCGCCGUCAAGCUCCUGCGGCAGCCGGGCACCGAGGGCUCCCAGGGCCGGGCGUGCGAGCACUAUGGCAUCUACCACACGAGCCCCACGCUGGGCAGCCUCAGCAAGCCCGUGGUGCUCUGGAGCCAGCAGGACGUGUGCAAGUGGCUCAAGAAGCACUGCCCGCACAACUAUCUCGUCUACGUGGAGGCCUUCGCCCACCACGCCAUCACAGGUCGGGCGCUGCUGCGGCUGAACGCGGAGAAGCUGCAGCGCAUGGGCAUCGCGCACGAGGCGCAGCGGCAGGAGCUCCUGCAGCAGGUCCUGCAGCUGCAGGUGCGCGAGGAGGUGCGAAACCUGCAGCUGCUCAGCCAAGCUUCUUUCGGGAACGUCUCCUAGCCGAUCCCUCUGGCGGGAUGGACCAACACUGUGAACCGAGCACCUCUGGGACGGACUGCACGCUGCGGAUAGGGAACAC